CCUGUGUGUCGCUAUUGCGGUCGUUUUAAAACAGGACGAAGAGAGCGAGAGGCAGAGAGAGAAGGACAAGCAGCCCACUCUGUGGAAGGUUGUUGCACAGGUUCAUGGUAAUGUCAAGGAAGAGCCAGCAGUCGUAGACGGUAGAGUCAGCGGAUACGCUGAAGUUGCAGCAACUAAGUCUGAUAAUCUUGUAUUGCAUGCGCGGGAUCCGUCAGCAGUUACGGACUUCCUUGGUGGAAAGUCGUGGAGCGAUUUCAGAGAGCUACGCGAAACGUUAAAAGUUGCAUUUCCUGCAGAUUCGUCCCCAGAACUGAGCUGCCGAAUACCAUAUUUACCCGAGACUGAGGGCGCAAUCACUCAACCCGACGCACAGAGGCGAGCACUCGAAGAGUUUUUGAGGCUGACAGUAGAGGUCUUCAUGCACCGGUCCAAUCACGUUCUAGACUUCUUGAACAUUUUGGACGAAGAUCUGAGAAGAAACAUCAGUAGGAGUGUGAGUCGCACGAAGUCUGGCAGGUCUGCAUCGCCGAGACGUCGCGGGCUAGCAACCACAGUCGUUGUUGGUAAUACUACCAGCUCUGGUAGCAGACCCGGACGUCGAAUGCCGCCUGACAUUCGUGUUGCCUCGCCUUUCUCAUCGACGGAAUCGCUACCCGGCAUGGCGCGGCGUCCCCACAAAACCGGACAUGGAGAGGUGGAAGAGAGCGCUUUGUUGGACUACAGUGAUGCAGGGGUAUCGGUUUCUGGUACGUCUCUCUUUCCACGCACAGCCACCAAGACUCCAUUGAACUCGCACAAGCCUUCUUUCGGAAGCGGAUCUACUUUGCAGGACAGGAGUGAGUCCGACGCCUCUCGAGGAUUGAUGUUCCUUGCUUCCGUAGGAGAGAACGCGCCGAAGGAGGUUAUCCGAGACGUUUUAGGACGAUCGGACGCGUUCUCUCCGACCAGCGAGUUUUGGAUCGAUAUUUCGAUUCCAAAUUACGAGCUGGUCGCAGAGCAAAGGGGCAAUGCGCUGCACUCGCCUACGGGGCGCAGCCUUUUCGCGUUAACCGGGGUCGGACAGCAGUUCUUCGUUGCGUACCACAUCGUUGUGGCAGUGAUUCCACGAGCCAUGGCUGGAGCUGCUGCGGACGCUACUGUUGAGAGUCUAGUAGAAGUGUCGCGACGUUACAACCAAUUUGCUGACUUCGAUCUAGCGCUCCGGCUAGAGGUGCGGGAGGCGUUGCAGUCGCGGUUUUACGGCCAAAUGGCCCUAGAUGACAGUCCGCAUCAAUCCGAUGAAGAAACAGAAGAUGCUAGUCGGAAUCAGCAUUUGAAACACAUUACAGGACAUCGAGACGUGCAAGAACAGCCUGAUGGCGGGGAUUUCUCGGCUCGCACCUCCACGUCGACCCCAAGUUUCGCGCCGAAAAGAAACAAGGCAGGCAUGAGUGCAUCUGUCGAAAGGCUGCCAAAAAUGAGGGAUCCCGUGCGAAUUCCACCGCUGCCAGCGAAGAUGCGUUCGGUGAUACGAAAAGACUACUCUUUUCACCAGCGGCGUCGUGCUGAUUUGGAACACUGGCUGCGGAGUGUUAUGCUUAUCCCGGAGGUGCGCAGGUCCCGCGCGUUGGCAAAAUUUCUUGAAAUAGAAACCAGUGGUAGUAUGCAAUCUGGUUCUGAGCAGCAAGCUGCCGUUGGGCUUGAGCGUCAACCUUCUCCUACGACGUUCUGUCGGCGACCGCGAUCGGCACUGCAGCUAGCGUCGGUUCAGGUCGGUGGUAUUCGGCACAAUAUAAGCGCUCCGAUUGUUGUCGGGGACGUGCAGAUCUGUUCUCAGAGUUCGCAAAGUAUUAAACAAGAUGAUGGAACCUCUGGCGCCACGGCAAGUGAUACUGACAUCCGUGCUUCUGACAAGGAGGACGAGCGUAAAAACAGCUUGUUGGACGAUCGGCAGGUGUCGUCUAUGACUCUCUCUGCCGUAGACAUCACGCCGUCUCGCACAAAAAGUGACGAAGCACCGGUCGCGCAGCAUGCCGAAUUCGAAAACACUUCAACAUCGAGGGGAGGCCUGGAUCGCGAUGGCCUCGCAGCUAUCACGCCGACACUAGGCGUUGAAAAUAGAGUUAUGACAACGCGUGAGGACGAUGUUAUGCCUUCAUCAGCGGUGGACAUGAAUAUCAAUGUUUCCGAGCCGACGUUAGAAGUAGCCGUCCAGAGUUGGGAAGAGCGUUUUGAUGCGGAGGGGAGUGCCUUUAUAGCCUACUGCCUGCAGGUUCACGCGUUUGCGGAUUGCACCGUGGUUGCGACGUGGACGCAGCGGCGCCGCUUCCGAGAUUUCCUGCAUCUGCGGGCGCAGCUCAUUGCGCACGCAGGAGAGGAAAUCUGUGAGUUUCUCCUGCCGCCGCUUCCGGGAAAGUAUCAUUUUAUCGCGGAUCCGAAGCCCGCGGCGCGCGCACCCGUUCUGGAGCGCUUCUUAUCUCAAGUUCUUUCGGACGAGAACUACAUCUAUUUCAAGUCGUGCCCUGGCCUACGACGAUUUUUGGGCGUCCCGGAAACGCUCGAGAUGUAAGUAGAUGAACCUGAGAUGGUCAAGUUGCUCGACGACGUCGCCGGAGCACAUCUCGAAAAAAUUCUUAGAGCCUUGUUGUGUAGUUGACUCGUUGCUUACUUCUGCUAUCUGUUAUUGUGGCUAUGAUAGGGAGAACCGCGUACACUUUGACUCAUUUUAGCAUUGCUCGACUCCUCUACAUGUGGCUUUCUUCAUCUUCUUGCAUAGAUUCAUAAGUACUCGUCAUUUUUGUAUCCUUGGAAAAACUGCUUACUUGUCGAUGUCGUAUUUCGUUUUGUUCAGCUUCAGAGAUUCUAGAUUUAGUACGUGAGAGUUUCUUCGUUUCACAAUCGCGUGGUCUGCAUGGAAGCAUAUCUGAUGAAGAAGCGGACGCGAUGACCUCGUGCACAGAAUAAGUACAACAACGCCUAGAAGACGUUUGCUAUUCGUUGUAGUCCUCGAAAAUAGAUCGAGGCGACUUGUUGUCCUGUUGCUAGUAGAAGCUGUG